GCCAGCUCUAUAGCAUUUCUCAAACAGAAGCGCUACCGAGAGGCGAGUGGCUUUGACUCAUACAGCUUCAUAGGUUUAGUGUAGCUGCAUGUAGCGAGAUAAAGGGUACCCCACUCUGAUUAAUGGCUAACCUUGUAAGGGGUUGAUGACAAGAGAGGUCGCUGAGAUGCUGGUACGUCACUGCGCACCUUGAAAUUUGAGGAUCUGUGUUGCUGCCACCAUGGGCCUUCGGCUGCACUUUGUGGUGGACCCUAUGGGCUGGUUCUGCAUCAGCAUGGUCCUCUUUGUGUGGCUAUACAACUCCUUCUUCAUUCCUCAGCUGGUGCUGAUGCCGCACUUACAGGAGGGUCACAUCCCUGGGGUUGUGGUUGUCUUGUACUACCUGACCUCGCUGCUCUGCAUCACAGCGCUGUUCCGGGCUUCCACCGCCGACCCAGGCCGGCUUCCACUGAACCCCCACAUCCCACACUCCGAACGUGAGCAGUGGGAGCUCUGCAAUAAGUGCAACCUGAUGAGGCCUAAGAGAUCCCACCACUGCAGCCGCUGUGGGCACUGUGUACGGAAGAUGGAUCACCACUGCCCCUGGAUCAAUAACUGUGUUGGGGAGGAUAACCACUGGCUCUUCCUGCAGUUGUGCUUCUACACCCAGGUGCUGAGCCUCUUCACUCUGGCGCUGGACUUCUGUCAGUACUACUACUUCCCUGCCCUCACCCAGACCAACCAGGAUCUGUUUUUGUGGCGCCAUGAGUUGGCCCUGCUGCGUAUCUCCACUUUCAUGGGCCUGUUCAUGUUAGGGGGCAUGGGCAGCCUGUUCUACACUCAGAUAACCGGCAUCCUCGCUGACACAACCACCAUCGAGAAAAUGUCUCACUUCCUGGAAGAAAUAAACCGGCCCAGGCAGCCGUGGCACCAGACGUUUGCGGAGGUUUUUGGCACGCGCUGGAAGAUCCUGUGGUUCCUCCCUCUCAGGCGGAGGCAGGCCCUGCUCGGCUCCCAUCUCCUCCCCAGCCGCGUGUAGACGGACAGAUGGACGCUCGUGCACGGGCAGGACGCCUUCAUUGCGGUGUUUUUGGGAGCUUCUCUCGUGCCCGCGCCCCGUCUCCGCACCCCGUCCCCCCCUCUCCGCGUCCCCCUUCCUCGUCCGCUCCACCAUCUUGUGCUUUUAGAACAUCGCCCUCGUCAGGACGCUAAACGCUGCGGGCGUGCCACCGCGCUGAAGGUGGGUCGCCCCAGCAACGACAUGCUAACAGGGUAUGGGAUGGAUGUACACACUGUACGGGUCAAGCGCUUGUGACGGCGUGUCACGUUUUAAACGGCCCUCUCUCCGUAGUGUUUUACUGGUUGUGAUGGCGUGUCACGUUUUAAAUGAUCCCCCCUCCUGCCUCCACCACCAUUACAGAGUCUCAAUUUCUGAUGGUGUCGCAUUUUAAAUGCCCCUCCUCCCCGGCCAUCCCUAGUGUCUUAGCAUUUAAGGAUUCAAAGGGAGCUCUGUGUGUUUGUGUCUGAGUUUCCAGGGUAACCCCUCAUUUGUUUAGAUCUCAGCAGGGCACCCCCCCCCCCCCCCCCCCCCCCCAGGUUGUACCAUGUGACCUGAAGGGGGCGGCGGGGGCAGCAGCAGCGGCCGUCAGCACGGACAGCACUCUUUGUCUGCCUCUCCAGGCAGCGGAUUGACGGCUCUGAAGUUCGGCCGUGACCUUUGGCAAGCACAGGGGAGAGGGAGCUUUCACCAAAUGCAGCGCCUUUCCAACUCCCCCCUCCAUCCCCAUCCCUCUGCCCCUCCAUCUCCCAUCCUCCCUCGCUCUCUCAAGCAUGUCCCACUCACCUCUCUCCAGUAUGACAUCAGCACUUCCCGCCAAUCCUUGGCUCUGACAUCAUACUACACACUUAUGCAUUUUAAAGGUGCAGUAUGCAAGUUCUCCCCCUAGUGGCAAUGGGUGGUAAUUGCUUCAACAUUCAAGUGAACAUCAAAAUCCAGUGUGAACACUGUGUUACACUCACCGCUUGUAUCUUCCUGAAGUUACAAAGAAGGGACGGUAGACCGCAGAUUUGGAAAAUAUAUAUAUCAGUUAUUUUGCUGUUAAAUAAUUUUUUUGCCAUCCAGGUAACAUUAGACUUUCUAGUCUGUUAAAACAGACCAUCUCCAUGACAAUACAUGAGAUGUAAAUAACAUGGUUUGGUAUUGAAACUGAUGGAUUUUCUCAUUUCAAUGCUAGCACAAUAUUAAGCACUUUACUAAAAUCAUCUUUCAUAAAAAAAAGAAGAAAUCUUCCAAUUUCCUACAUAGCAUCACCAAAGUGACAGUCUAAUAGCUGUUAAUACAGUUAAUAUAAUCCUAUAACAAAAUAAUUUAUUUCGGUUGUCUAGACUUUCAAUGGUAAGCAUUGCUAACCAUGAAAAUUCUGCUCUUGAGAUAAGGCAUUUAUUGCAUUCAUACAACAAUAGGAAAGUGAGACGGACCGUGCUAUUUAAAAACGUUUUAGAAGUUUGCGCAUAUAUCAAUGUGUGUACGUUUCAGUUUAAUCAGAGAAGUUGCAGUCAGUUAUUAUUCAAGAAGUGAAAUGGAAAGCUCAUGUGUAAAGAUUGUUUAUCUGACCUGAUGUUCGCUUGUAAAGUUUGCAGCUACAAGUACCCAAAUAAGGUAACCAUGGCUCGCUAAAUUUUCAAAGUAACUAAAUUAGGUAGCUGGUUACCUUGGAUGUCUAACUUGGUUGGUAGCUAAAUAAUUUAGAUAGGUACCUAGGCUAACUUCCCUCCUUAUCUUUUGCACGGUUCUGGCAGGGUAGUUCUAUGGGAGCAGGUGGAUUGUUCUGUCAUCCGUUGUGAAUUACUGAUUAGAGCACUUGCACAAUUCGAGAGGCUUCGAGUGCAUCGCUGAAUUUAAAAUGUAAAUUCAGAGGACGUGCUGAAUUUUUCCCCAGCUAAUCUCAUUACCCAUUUCUGACUGGUUUGCCAUAGUCCACAAUAGUCCUACCAAGUCACAGUACUUGAUUGGUAAAAAGUUGCAUACUACACAUUCUUUUAUGUAUAAUUCAGGUUCACGAACAGGGUGUCAAAUUCACCUUUAUAGCCCUUAAAAACUUGCCAAUUCAGGCCAUGGAAUUAUGUGUUUUUUAAUGAUUUAUUUAAUCUUUUUUAUCAUUGUUUUAUAUGUUUACAAUAGAAUUCAUGAUAUGGUCUGAGAACUUGAUCCCUGUAUCAUGUUACUGUUUACUGUGGAAUGUUGUAUAUAGAAUCAGGUGCACUUUGCUGUCUUUUCAGCCCUGCCUUGUGGUUAUGGGGAUGUUGGAUUUGUGUUGUGAAUGAAGAAAGCAGCCCUUGAUCAGUAGAAAAUCACAGAUUAUGAUCGAGCUUAAAGGCUAAAGCGUAUUACUUCAAAGCUUGUAAGGUUGACGUGCAUAGUCUCCUCAAUGCCAUGCAUAUCGCCGGUAACGGGGUCACGACAGGGUUCAGCAACAGUUGGUUUUCCAAAACAUUUGCCUUCAUUGUUCCUUGUUUUUAUGAGUAUCUUUUCCCCUGUUGGUCUAGGCAUUCUUAUUUAACAAGUCCUUCUGUAACAGGGACAGCUGAUUUGGUGGAUCCCCUUAUUAAUGCCAUCUAGUGGUGAAAUGCACUUACUGCCAUCGCUUUAGGGGAGCCGACCACUUUGUCGUAUAGAGAGGGAAAGAGACAGUGUUGUUCAUAGGUCUCGUUUCCUCUUUCACAGGCAAAGAUGAAGCGAUUCAGAUAGAGCAGCUGUUCGGAGCAGUCUUUUAAAACCCAAGUGCUUUCAUGGUUGCUUCAAAAGCUUCGGACCUUGUUCUUACUGAUAACCCGACUUCACCUGAUUGGACGCAUAUUACUGACAAACCCUAAAGCAUAACAUGAAAGAAACUAAAUCAUCUCAUAUUCAUGCCUACCUGCCUAGUUCUUUAUUGUCGCUCAAAGAUGAUCAUAAUCACAAAUUAGUAUAAAGUGCCUCCAGAAAUCUGUAGUUGCAGCAUAGCUAACCUUCAGCCACUCAAACCAAAGACCGCGUUGCAUUACGUCGGGAGAGUCUGUGUAUUGGACUGCAGCAGGUGCGAUUCCUAACCUGAUUCUGCAUUAAUUCUGCUUUCACAUGCCUUGAAAAAGUAUUAGGUAAUGCCCCCACAAUGCCAGUGUGUAAUUUAUACACCACUAUGACACCGGCGCAGCAUUGUGGGGACAUUGUACAGGUGUGUCUUUCUGGAUGCAUUUGUACAUGGGAUCACUGAGCAUUGGAUUGCCACUGCAGUACUGUACCCUGUGAGAUUUUAUGCUGUAAUUUUAAGAUCUUUCCUGAAUAAGGUGUUUGAAUUUUCCAAAAUGCUAAAACACUUAAUAUCGCUUAUGCUAGCAAACCCACCAUUUUCCCACUGCAGUUUGCUAAAAGGGUUAUGGAAUAUGACAAAUCGCUUCCAUUGUGUCAUCUAAAUUAAACUUGCAGUUUCAGUGUGGUUGCACAAAGCAAGCUAUCCACAGACAUAAAUUUGAUUUAUUUAGAUUCUUUUUUCUAGGCUAUAUGUAUUUUGAGAGAUGGAUAUGGGCUGGAUAUUUGUUUGAAAGGAGGACAUUUAAAGUCUUUCAGCAACGUUUAUUCUGUAAACAUCUAUUUUGCAAUUAGUAGGGACAGGUAUAUGUAUAGAAUGCACUGUAAAUGAAUCACUUUCUGCUCUUAUUAAUAUAUGGAUGAUUAGGACACAGAUUUUAUUUAAUGUUUACAUCUACAUAUAUUGAAGCAUUGUCUCAUUUAUUAAAUGUACAGAUUAUGUAUCAGCGGUGUUUGCGUAAAUCUCUCAUUUCCUUUCAAGUCCUUUACCCUGUGAUUGUGUUCCUGCUUGGAACUGUUUAGUGCUUUUUUAUGAUCGAUAUAACAGUAAACACACUUGUAGUGUUCUUACUGCUGUGUUCUUCCUGGUUAGUGAUUUACCUGUAACAAUGCCUAUAUGAUUAUAUCAUUGUGAAGAGAUUUGAAGGCUUACUGAACUCUAUAGGGUUGAAAUUCUCUGUUUUUGAACUGACGUUCUCAUCUGAACCAUCACUGGUCAGGGCUCAUCAUUGUCAUAAUCGCUGCUAAUAAUUAGCCAGUCGCACACGUCAACGGCUGGCCUGAUAAACGGGCAGGAAUAGCCUGUUCCUCUUCCUCAGAAAAUGUAGGACCUUUUGUAGAUAUAUUGGCAGAUGUUUAUCACUUAAAAAAAGAUUAUAGACAACAGUAAGGGUAUAUCAUAGGGGUUUACGCUCAUGCGUGUCGGUAAAGCAAUAAAGACGGUGGAUAUUGGCGUCGCUUAUAUAUACAGCCUGGCGAGGUGCAUCAAAGCGCAUUUUGUCUUUGGGUUUAAAUACAUUUAAAAAAACGGAUGAAUUACUGAUUAAAGGUCCCAUCUUGUGGACAAUUACAUGUCCCUUGCAAUGUGGAUUAUAACAGAGUUGACGGUGUUAUAAAAACACUGUGGAAGCGUCCAAACGUAGUCACCAAAUAAAUCCACACAAUCCGUAUGAAGAAAAUGAGCAUUUAAACAAGCCGUUUGGAAUUCUGCGAAUCACAACGAUAUGCUUCGAUGGCGUUCAAAUAGUUGGAGCCAAUCAGAAAAGAGGCUCAUUGAUGUCGAUGAGCCUUAAAGUCACUAAAAUAAACUGCAAAGCUCAUGCGAGGUGAUGGAUAAUGGACAUUUAAAAGUUGAUAGAGAUAGUUUUUGGUACUUAAAACCACACCUUGUUACGGAUAUCAAUACUUUAAAUAAGACCCUCCUAAAUGCACAAUAUGGGACCUUUAACUGAAAUGUACAGAAACCUAACUUGACAAGUAAUAUAUUCUCAGUAUAUCCAAAGAACAAAUCCAUUAAUCAGUUUUGGUUUCCAAAGUGAGCUCUUGGUACAUUUGCUAUUGCUCUCACGAGCAAGCAGUGGAUUUGUGGAUAAGCUGGCAUUCACUCUGAUGGAUGGUGUCUGGAUUUGAAAGAUUUCAGGUUGCUUUUCACUCACUAUCUAUGAUAGAAGAUGCCACUACAUGUUGUUAUUCAUUGUCCGUGCACAAAACGAAGAACUGUUUGUUAUCCAGGUGUAAAUUCUGUUUUAAUCACAUUUUGUACAGAUUUUGAUGUUUUGCCUUUUUUCUAUAUUUAUGUUUGCAAGGGAUUUAUGUUUAUAUUGUUUUCUUUACAUUGUGAUUCUGGGAUUAUAUGUCCAAUACUAAUUUAUUAUUCUUUUAUUUUUCAAAUAAAUAGUUUGUUAGCA